AUGCAGUCUGUUGAUCAAUCCUCUUCAACAAAUGUCCAAGUUUUCUGUCGUUUCCGACCACUUGACGAUCACGAACGAAGCCUACCAAACCAGAGAUUUAUUGAAAUUUUGCCUAAUUCAAAAUCUGUAAUAGUGCACCCAAAUAAAGAAAGUCGUGAAGAUGCACAAUUUUAUUUUGAUUAUAUUUUUGACGAGUUUUCUUCCCAGCAACUUGUAUAUGAUAAAGGAGCAAGAAGUGUAAUAGAAGCCGUCAUGCAAGGAUUUAAUGGGACAGUUUUUGCAUAUGGCCAGACAUCCUCAGGGAAAACUUACACAAUGUUUGGCCCUAACCUUGAUGACCCAGAAGCAAUGGGAAUAAUCCCACACAUGAUAACGACCGUUUUUUACAACAUAGAAAAUUCUGACCCCACAAAUGAAUACACAGUAAAAGUUUGUUGUUUUGAGCUUUACCUAGAAAAAAUAAGAGACUUAUUUGACACAUCCAAAGAGAACUUAAAAAUCAGAGAAGAUAAGAUGAGAGGGGUGUAUUUAGAAGGAUUAACAGAAAUUUAUGUAUCAACUGGAGAAGAAGUGCAUGAACUCAUGAAGUAUGGCCACCAAACAAGAGCGGUUGGUGCCCAUAGGAUGAAUAAUGAAUCGUCCAGGUCACACUUAAUUUUUUCCAUAGCAGUUUCUCAAACAAGUACAGAGGAUUUUACUACCAAAGUAGGAAAACUGCAUUUAAUUGAUCUUGCUGGGUCUGAAAAAGUAGAUAAAACAGGUGCGGAAGGAACAAGACUGGAAGAAGCCAAAAAAAUCAACAAGUCUUUGACAAUUUUAGGGCAGGUGAUAACAGCUUUGUCGGAAGGUAAAAGAGGGUAUAUUCCUUAUAGAGAUUCAAAAUUGACAAGGAUUCUUCAAGAUUCUUUAGGUGGAAAUUCAAGGACUAGCUUAAUUAUCACUUGCUCACCAUCUUCAUGGAAUGAACUUGAAACGAUAAGUUCAUUGAGAUUUGGAAUGAGAGCAAAAAUGAUAAAAAAUACUCCAAAAGUAAAUAUAGAGUCUACUGUUGGAGAGCUAAAAUUAUUAUUAGCUGCUGCCAAAGAAGAAAUUCACCAGAAGAAUAAAAAAAUCAAAAGAUUAGAAAAUAAUCAAAGUCAGCUUGAAGAAAGUAUGAGUAUGAUGGAUUUUGAAAUUGAUAAGAAAUAUGAGGACGUUAUUAAAGAGUUAGAAGAAACAAGGGCUAGAUUAUCAUUAGAAAUUUCAAAAAAUUCCAAGCUCAAUAGUGAGCUAUCGCAGGUGCAAAAUAAUUAUGAUGAUCUAAAAUCACAAUUUGACGCUCUUUUAGCUCAAUCUAAGCUUAUUGAUGAAGAAUUCCAAUCGGUGGAAGAAAUUUUAAAAGUUAAAGAAGAGCAAAUAGAGCAGCUCACUGCUUUUAAGAAUUCUUAUGAGAAUGGGUUUACAACUGCCAAUGAUGCAAAAUUAAAGCUUGAACAAGUUAUUAUUGAAAAAGAUUUAGAAAUAGAAUUAUUAACUUCGCCCCCUCCAUGAGCGAACAAAAAAAAUUUUUUCACUCACGAGGGGUUAAUUUUGUUUUAAAAACAUUUUAUAAAAAUAUUAUAGAAAAAUUUUUUCUUCGAAAUUUUAAAAAAAUCCUAAUAUGCAAAAAUUGGAAAGCAAAGCAAAUAUUAAUUCAAUUAUAAAAUUUAUGUUUUUAAAAAACAAUUUGUUUAAAAUUAAACAGAAUUAGCUCGAGAUUUCAUUAUACUAACUAUCACUUAUAUCAAUUUUUUUUUUCCAUUAAAAUUUUUUCUAUUAAAAAAAUUUUUGUUCACUCGGGCUUUUAGGCAAAAAAUAGUGAUUUUUCAAUGGUUUUGCUCACUCACAGAAGGGGGAGUAAGAAGAAAAUUAAAAUUAUCACCAACAGCUUUUUCAGAAGAGGAUAAAGUUAGGCAAGAGCAAAAAAGAAAGGAAGCUCAAGAAAAAGCAAUUAUAAGCAAGUAUGCGCCUUCUUUAUUGGAUCUAAGUAUGGAUAGCCAAAUAGGUGAUGAAAACUGGAGAUUAGAGAAAAAGAACUUAAUUGAAAAUUUGAAGCUGAGAAUAAAACAAAUAAUUGAUCUGGAAAUUGCUCUUGACGAUUCUAAAAAUGAUUAUAAUAGUUUAGAGAAUAGCAUGAAUCUUGAUGCAAAAGAAGCCAAACGCAGAAAUGACCAUUUGCAGCGAAGCCUUGAGCAGCUUACCCUUAUGUACCAUCAGCUUGUUAACCAAAAUUCUGCAUUGUCUGUAGAAAAACAAAUUUUAGAAAAAAAAUCAACAAGAUUGUCUGAAAAAUUAAAAUUAAUUGAAACUUCUUCUGCAGCUCUAAAAGGAGAACUUAAAAGAGCUAAAGAAGAAAUAGACCAGCUUAAAGAAGAAUUAAACCAGCCAAAUUACUUAAAGAACACGAUGGGAGCUUUAGCUCCAUUAAUACCCAAUUCAAGAAUCAAAAAGAGGAUACGAGGUGGAGGAAACCAGCAGCUUUUGGCUACAUUUGCUGUGCAGGCUAAAACAUACUCAAAUCUCAGAAACUCAUUUAAUCAAUUUGAAGUUGGUAAAUAG